AUGGGGAGGAACAUUGAUGAAUGUGCAAGCGUUCCUGACUCUUUAAAAAAAGCCCGCGCUUGUCGUUUUAAAAGAGAAGGAUGCGAUAAUUGUGAAAGUUUUCUUAGACUUCGUGGCCAAUCUGAUAAGGUCAAGGAAUGUACAAGUUCCGAUUACGACGG